CUUGUUUUCCCCUCUAGUGUAUCAUCAUAUCCCCACGUGAGCUCUAAGCAGCUGUUAAUCAAUCACCACCAAGAGAAACUAGCAAGUUGGCUCUCAUGGGAGCACAUGAGGAGGACUCUGUGCUGCUGCAGAUAUUGAAGAGGCCGGCACGUCUUCACCAAGAACAUGGAGAAGAUGUCACGGGUUACCACAGCUCUUGGCAGCAAUGCCAUCAGUGGCCGAACUAUGUUCUGCCACUUGGACGCUCCUGCCAAUGCCAUCAGCGUGUGCCGUGACGCCACUCAAGUGGUGGUAGCUGGCCGCAACAUCUUCAAGAUCUACGCACUGGAGGAGGAGCAGUUUGUGGAGAAGUUGAAUCUCCGCGUUGGUCGUAAACCCUCGCUCAACUUCAGCUGUGCAGAUGUUAUGUGGCACCAGAUGGAGGAGAACCUGCUGGCCACUGCCGCCACCAAUGGGGCGGUGGUUACCUGGAACCUGGGAAAACCCUCUCGUAACAAGCAGGACCAGCUGUUUACUGAGCACAAACGCACCGUCAACAAGGUGUGCUUCCACCCCACAGAGGUUUACAUGCUGCUAAGUGGCUCGCAGGAUGGCUUCAUGAAGUGCUUCGAUCUGCGCAAGAAGGAAUCUGUCAGCACUUUUUCAGGUCAGUCUGAAAGUGUAAGGGACGUCCAGUUCAGCAUGAAAGAUUAUUUCACAUUUGCUGCAUCCUUUGAGAACGGCAACGUCCAGCUGUGGGACAUCAGACGGCCGGACCGCUAUGAGCGAAUGUUCACCGCCCACACUGGCCCCGUGUUCUGCUGCGACUGGCACCCCGAUGACAGGGGGUGGCUGGCCACAGGAGGCCGAGACAAGAUGGUGAAGGUCUGGGACAUGACCACUAACAGGGCCAAAGAGAUCUACUGUGUCCAGACGAUCGCCUCAGUGGCACGAGUCAAGUGGCGGCCUGAGAGAAAGUUUCAUCUGGCCACUUGCUCCAUGAUGGUGGACCACAACAUCUAUGUGUGGGACAUUCGCAGACCUUUCAUUCCCUUCGCCACCUUUGAGGAACACAAAGAUGUGACCACGGGUAUUGUGUGGCGCCACCAACAUGACCCUCAUUUUCUACUCUCUGGUUCUAAGGACAGUACGCUCUACCAGCAUAUGUUCAAAGACGCCACCCGUCCUGUGGAUAAGGCCAACCCUGAGGGUCUGUGCUUUGGACUGUUUGGUGACUUGGCCUUUGCAGCCAAAGAGAGUCUGAUCAGCAGUGACGCCAACAGAAAGCCGUACCCUGGAGGCGACCGCCGCUACCCCAUCUUUUUCUUCAAGAAGCCAGACCCGACAGAACAGUUUGCUCAUGUGUCCAGUGCUCUUAGCGUCUUUGAGACAGACUUGGACAGUAACCGCAUGGACUGGUUUGUCAAGACAGCACAACUCUACCUCCUCAGUGGGAAGCCGUUUGCUGAGCUGUGUGAUCACAAUGCCAAGGUGGCCCGCGAGCUUAAAAGACCUCAGGUUUCCACAACAUGGACCAUGCUGAGAAUCAUGUUCUCUGACCCAGCAAACCUCACAGCGCCUGGUCCAAACCACAACCUCAGUAAACUGGGAACCUUGCCUUUAAUGAACAGUUUCAGCAUGAAGGAAAUGGGCUCAGGGUUGGGCACGGAGAGCAGACUGGAGCGCAGCAAAGGUGAGAGCCGGCAGGACAACAUCCACCUGGAGCCUGGAAACUUGCACAUCAGCAAUAAUAAUGAAGAAAAUGAGGAGACGGAGGGCAGUGAGGGUCAGGCUGAAUAUAUGUUUGGUGAUGCUGAGUUAGAUGAUGAUGACCUCUAUUCGAUGGAGCAUGACAACCCAACAGAAGAGCAGGAGUACACGCUGCCCCAGGAGGCCUUCCAGCUGCGCCACGAGAUCAUGGAUAACCCAUCUGCUCCGGAGCACCUUCAGCAGGACAAGGCUGACUCCCCACAUGUCAGCGGCAACGAGGCAGAGGUCACUUGUCUAACACCCAUCGAGUCCUUUUCUCUCAUCUCCAUUUCCCAGCCACUGUUCUGCCCACAUCUACCUGCCAGCUUCUUCUGUCCCAUUGUGCGAGAGAUGCUGAGCUACUACGCUGAACAGGGCGACGUGCAGAUGGCCGUAUCUGUGCUUAUCGUCUUGGGGGACCGGAUCCGUAAAGAGAUUGAUGACCUCACCCAGGAGCACUGGUACAUGUCCUACAUAGACCUGCUGCAGCGGUUUGAGUUGUGGAACGUGUCCAAUGAGGUCAUUAAGCUGAGUACGUGCAGCGCCAUCACCUGCCUGAACCAAGCGUCUACAACACUGCACAUCAACUGCAGCAACUGCAAGCGGCCAAUGAGCAACAAGGGCUGGAUCUGUGACAGGUGCCACCAGUGUGCCAGUGUAUGUGCGGUGUGCCACCACGUGGUGAAGGGACUGUUUGUGUGGUGUCAGGGCUGCAGCCAUGGUGGACAUCUGGAACAUAUAAUGAACUGGCUGAAAAGCAGCACUCACUGCCCUGCUGGCUGUGGUCACCUGUGUGAGUACACUUGAGACUACGACACCCACAAUUCACACAGCUGGUCCUCUGUGGGAGUGGGAAACGGCCUUCACACAGGCCUGGAUCAUCACACACACCACAGACAAAUGAGAUGUCUUCAUCCCUCUACGAGGGUCUUACUUGAUUUAUCAAUGUGGAAAGAACGAUGUCGGUGUAUUUGAAGUGAGUCAAAGGUCUGAUCUACCGAGUCUGAAGGAGGAUUAGUUUUAUAUGUGCUCUCGUGGACAGUUCUUCACAAACAAACACAAUCAUUCGCAUUGGCACUUGAAUUGGUUUUUGAACCAUUGGUGAAUUUGUAAAUGAGCAGAUGUUACCAUAGAUAUUCAAAGAAUUUAACAAUAUAUUUUUUGAAUUCAUAUUUGCUGCAUUUUACAUUGUUUUUAAACCCCUCAGCAAAACGUUGAAGGCUGUACAGCAACAAUUGUUUGCUCAUCUUAAGUGAGCUGUUAAUGGUUGCACAUAAUGCCUAUAACUUAUUUUAAAUGACUGUAGAUAAUGUUGAGUGAAUUUAUAUGAGAAAUAGCUCUUUAUUCAGGCAGUACAUUAAAGCAAUACCUAUUGAAUUGACAUUUAAAAUCGUCCUGGACCAGUAAUGUCUGUUCUGUACCCUACAUUCAUCAGAAGAAGCUUCACUUUGCAGCGUUCACAUCAUCCACAUGUAUGGUAGUUCGGUACACCCGGCAGCUUCCCAGUGCACCCAGUCCCGGUGGAACAGUGUGGGUAAAACGUCUUGCUCGAGAGCAGCUUAGUGAGAAGAAGGAACACUACUUAUUCAUUUUCCUCAAGAAACACUCUACUCUCAUGGGCCCAGAAAUCCCAACUGGCAACCCACCAAUAUCUCUAGCCUGUAGUCCACCAGUUAGACACAAUGUGUGCUGCUCGAAGCAACAGUCAUUUGCUUGUCGUAGUGUGUAUAUCUCUCUGCUGGUGAGAUACACAACAGACACGUGUAGAAGCCAACAGAGACAACUUCUGUCCUGAUAAACCUCAACAGAACAGCUUUGUCCAGGGUGAAAUUUGACUGUUACUACAGGAUUCCCUGUUUCAUCCAGUACUGUGCAGCCUGAUGGCAAAUGGUUGGAGGACUUUACAGUCUAGUUGUCAGCUUUACUGGCAGACUUUCAUGAGAUGAGUAAAUUUUCACAGAGACGCAGAAUAUUUUAUCAGCACAGUCCCGACUCUCAACACUGAUGAUGUUUAUUUGGAAACAUUUAUAUUCUGGAAGCUGCUCAGCAUCACAAGUGUUGGUCUUCCACUCCCAUCUGCCAUCAAGUUUGUCGAUCAGCGGAAGAACAUCACUACAGGUGAUAGCCCUCAGCUCCUUGACCUUAUUUACUGAAAAUUCAGCUUUGUUUCGGUGACAUAAGCAUCCUGGAUUCUGGCACAUCAAACAGAAAAGCUUUGGAAUAGACCAUAAAACAGCCCUGGAAAUAAAAGAUCAGGACCCAACACCAUUUUUAUGGCAGUUUAACAUAACAUUAGAGCAAUAAUCCAUAUUUCCCAUUAACUAGUGUUGUAGUAAAUUGAUAUUUCAGUUUCAGUCCAUUACAAGGGCAGAGCAGUGAUGUACAAGCUGGAAGCAGUCUGUGCUCAUUAUAAACCUGCAGGCUAGAAGCUGCUCUAUCUGGAUCAGCUGCUCAAGCCAAACUCAGCCAACAUCCAUAUUGUGCCAAGGUUGUUACCGAGCAGCAACUGUCAUCACAUCGAUUUACCGCCAAGGCCCUGGGCACAAUAGAGGAUUUUCAGAUGUACUCCACAUGAGGACAUCCCAAUAAUCAGGGGGGGAAUCCCCAACCCCCAGGCUCAGUCCACACAGAACUGCCCUGUAGUGUUAACAGAUUAACUAUUGACCAAAUCAUGCCAGACUGCUCCCAACCAGCUGAUUAUAUCAAACAUCUGGGCAGGUCAGGGGAUAGGACUUGGAGUUUCACUAUUCAGUGUUGGUUAAAGAGACAAACACUUAAAAAAAACAUAAGUCUCAUAUUCCACAAAUCUGCUUAAGUCUGAUACAGAGUCCAGUGAGCACCAUAAUUCAAAUUAAAAGGAGGAACAGAACAGAAAUGCUGAAAAGAAAAGAUAAGUGUGAAAUAUUAGUUACACAGACGUCCACACCUCAUCCCAAACUUUAGGCAAGAGAUUUUAAUACUUUGUUCAUGAAUUUGAAUUCGGAAGGCAUGAAGUCAUGAACAAUUUUGCUGUUUUCAGCUGCUGUUUUCAAAGUUCCAAAUUUAAAGUGUUGAAAAGUAAUUAAGUAUAGCAGAUUAAAAGAUAUAGAAAUCUUGUUUUCUUAACCACUACUGAAACAACUCUUUCCACUGUUAUUUCUGUUGUCCUAAUGCAUGCUGUACAUGGUCAUAAAAAUAUGAAGCUAAGAAAAAAUUCCACAUAAGUUUACUUUCUUACGAGGAUCUGCUUUAACAUCUGAUAACACCCUGAAAUACAUUUAAAUAAAAUGUUUGUUUAAUUUGUGCGUAGUGUAUCUGUCACGAGCAGACGAUUGUUUGAUACAGUUUUUAAAAAAUUGCCCUCAACUUUCAGGCAACUGGGUUUUAAUUUUAGUCCAAUACAAUCAAGACUCUCCAGCUUUUUAAAGAGUUGGGAGGAUUUCAGGGUAAAACGGAUCCUGUUCUAGAAGAUACACAAGAAAUCCACCAGAUAGUACCUAACCUCCUGGUAGCACCACCGAGUAAAAUCUGAAACUGAACUGUGUAUUGUUUGUGUUUGAAAAAGAAAACUAAAUCACUAUUUUGCUGUAAAGAUUUGUGUCUGUUUUGAAGUUUUAUAAUUUUACUCAUAACUUAUGUGUUGCGGGAACUGAUUAAAUGACAGGUCUUUUCAGGUUUCUUGUUAUGAUCUUCAGCUCCUCAAAAUGCAUUCAGCAGGACAUAUUCAAACAGCAUACAAGUGAGUAGAUUUCAUUCAAAUCAUAAAGUAUCACUCUGCAGAAAUUAUUUCAACUAAACAGAUUACUCUAAGAACUUUUUAAGAACUGCACCCCUUCAUCUGGUGGCAUGAACAUAAUUUAAACCACAUUUCAUAUAGGAAGAGAGUACAGUUUUGUAUAAAUGCUUCACAGUAUUACAGCGUCUGAUCCACGAUCAGUCCUUCCUCCUCUCUGUGCAUUUUUGCAACCCAGCUACUGGAGUCCAGUAUUCACCAGCACAAGCGUGUGGGGGUCAGGUGCCCUUCCUGCCUGCUUGUCGUUUCCUUGCAGCAGCUGCUGUUGCCCUUGGCCUUGUCCACAUCUGGCAAGCUCUGGUCCAUCAGCCAAUCCCAGAGGGGCAGCAGGUCGGCAGCUUCAAGUGCGGGAGGGCUGGCCUCAUCUUUGACCUUCUCCCAUUUCACUGAGAUUGUUCGGGGUGGUUAAAUCACCCUCC